AUGAAUAGAUUCAAGAAACAUCUUGAUCUUCAGAAUGUACUGAAGAUUAUCCAGGGAGAUGACAGCGAGUAUGAGGGAUGUGACAGUGACUCGGAUGAAGACAUUGAUGACCCUGAUUACACUCCUACCCGGAAAGACAUGGAAAAUGAUGAAUCAAGUGGGUCUGAUUCAGAGAGCGGAUCAAGUGAUUUAGAAGAUGCACAACCACACACUGGGAGGCAAAAUACAACCAGUCAGGGUAAAAAUACAUUUUCUUGGAGAAAGAAAUAUUUUGAAACCCCUGAGUGCACAUUUAAAGGGCCGAGCGUCACACCUCCAGACAAUCUUCAAACGCCCCUGGAGUAUUUCAGAAAGUUUAUAACAUCCGAAAUGCUUGAGUUACUAAAGGAACAGACUAAUUUGUACAGUGUGCAACAAUCUGGAUCUCAAAAGAAUGUGAACACCACUGUCAAAGAAAUGGAAAUACUGAUUGGUAUCUAUCUGCGCAUGGGUCUGCACCAAAUGUCAGGAAAUCGUGCAUACUGGGAAAAUGACACAAGGUGUCCCAUGGUGGCUGACAACAUGUCACGCAACCGUUUCCAGACCUUGCUAGCAUGUCUACAUUUCACUGACAACAAUGAUUUGUCAAAUCGGCAGGAAGGGGAUAAGUGUUGGAAGCUUCGUUCAUGGCUUGAUAUGUUUCGCAAACAAUGCCUGGCUAUCACCCCGGAGGAGCACAACUCAAUUGAUGAGCAAAUGGUGCCCUUCAGAGGGACACACAGCCCAAUAAGGCAGUAUGUGAAGGGCAAACCCCAUCCAUGGGGGUUAAAAAUCUGGGCCCGCUGCUCCUCCUCUGGAAUCUUAUGUGAUUUUGCAGUUUAUCAAGGUGGCACUGGAAAAAAAACACCACUUGGCAUGGGAGGUGACGUUGUGGUUGAGCUGUGUGAAAGUCUCCCAUCAAAUCAAAACUACAAAGUUUUUGCCGACAAUUUUUUUUCCUCUCCAGCACUGAUUGUCAAGCUUCUUUCACGACAGAUCUACUUUGUAGGAACACUCCGUUGCAAUCGUUUGGCUGGUUGUCAGCUUGAAGAUGAGAAAAGUCUUGCCAAGCGAGGUAGAGGAUCUGUUGAAACCAUGGUGGAGAAGGAAGACAGGAUGGUCAUUGUCAGGUGGUACGACAACAAAGCUGUUACCCUGAUCUCUUCCUACUGCGCAGUUGAGCCUCAAGAUAAAGCGCGACGCUGGAGAAAAUCAGACAAAGCUUUUGUGGAGGUCAACAGGCCACACAUUGUCAAGGAGUACAACAAAUUCAUGGGUGGAAUAGACCUCCUUGAUGCAAGUGUUGCAAAUACCACAUGA